AUGUCGUCUCAAGAUAUUAACAUAAAGCGUAAUGCUAAUAAGAAAAAAAAUAGAAGAAAGAAGAAGAGAAGAACAGCAAAUUCAUCAUCAGAGUCUGAUAUAUCGUUUUCUUCUGCAUCUGAAAAUGAACUGGCUAACGAAGAAACAGUAGGUGUUGAUAAGUUUCAGGAUAUUGAGUUAUCAGAGGAGGAAGAAGUAAGUGAAGAAAGUGAACAAAUAGUAGAUCUAAAUGAGGUAUCAAAGAUUGAGGUCACUGAAGGAGCCAAGACAAUUGAAAGCGUACCAAUUAAUACUGUUAAAGUAGAAGAUAAGGAGUUGAAGAAUAAAUAUUUAAGUUUGAUCUUUGAAAAUUUUGGUGAUGACAUUAAUAAAUUGAGAGAAGCUCCAGAUUUUAAAAACAAGACAUUGAGUUUACUUGCCAAUGUAUUAAAAGAAGGAAGUGAAAUGUUUGAUGAAGAAACAUUGAGGACUAUUCUUGAGACGAAAUAA